AUGGAGAACGGCAAGCCUGUCGAUGAUAGUCUCUACUUCUAUGCGCCUAACAAGGUAGCACCCGUUAUAUUUGCGGUCUUGAUAGCGAUUUCUAUGGUUACUCAUGGAUAUCAGUGCUAUCGUUACAAAUGUUGGAAAGUAACCGGACUACUUCCAUGGUGCGGAUGUAUAUACCUUGCCGGUUUUAUCCUCAGAGAAAUUGGUGCUUUUCAGUAUAGCAAUCUUAAUAUAUAUAUCGCUAGUAUAGUUCUGCUUUACGCUGCACCACCCAUCUACGAACUAGUAAACUACUUCAUCCUCUCCCGAAUCCUCUACUACGUUCCUUAUCACUCUCCUCUCCAUCCCGGUCGCGUCCUCACCACUUUCGGUGCCAUCUCCGCCGUUGUCGAAGCUCUCAACGCUAACGGCGCUGCCCGCCUCGCCAACUCAUCUCUUUCCGAAGAUGCCCAAGAAACAGGUCGAUCUCUUCUCAAAGCCGCUUUAUGUCUCCAACUCGGUAUUCUAGGAGCAUUUGUCUUCCUCGCCGCUUAUUUCCACUUGAAAUGUCACAAACAUUCGCUUUUGCCGAGUAAUUUGAAUAAUGUGUUAAUCACACUUUAUAUAUCGAGUGCGUUGAUCGGAACAAGAACGAUAUAUCGCACAGUUGAAUAUUUCAGUAUCGCAGAUUUGCAUCCCGAGCCCGGGAGGGAAGUUAGUGAUAUUAGUCCGAUUAUUCGAUAUGAAUGGUUUUUCUGGGUGUUUGAAGCUUCGCUUAUGACUUGCAAUACAUUCUUGUUGAAUUGGAGACAUCCGAUGAGAUUUUUGCCGAGGAAUAAUAGGAUAUAUUUGGGGAAAGAUGGGGUGACGGAGAUUGAGGGAACGGGGUAUCAGGAUGAGAGGAGAUGGUGGAUUACGUUUAUUGAUCCGUUCGAUGUUUAUGGGAUGUGUAAGGGGAGAAAUAUGCAUAGAGGAUUCUGGGAGCAGGGUGGUGUGGAAAGCAUGGGGCAAGGAGGCGCGAACCACCAAGUGGAGAGGCAGAGAGAAGUGAAGGAGGGGCAUGGAACAGGCGCUGCAUGA